AUGGAGAAGGAAGAGCCGCCAUCGGGCCUCCGCAGUGAGGACUCGACGCCUUCAGGAAGCGAUCUGGAUGCCGUGGUUACCGAAGUCGUACAGGAUUUUCCAGACGGAUCGGCAAGCUGGAUCAGCAUUGGCCAUGUAGAGAGGAUGCUUCGAGCCACUGAAGGUGACGAAGAAUUGGCUGUCAAGAAGCUCAAAGACUCAGUUCUUUGGAAGCGGGACACUUUGGAUGGUUGGUUGCAGUCACAAGCUGAGAGCUUGCCAACCGCAGAAACUCGGGUCAUUGCAAUCGGCCAAGAGUCGAGGCCUUUAGUUUACUCGGGCUGCGUGAACCAGCGCCGUGGUGAAGUCGCCGGAGUCAUCUUGGCAUGUGUCUGGCACAAGGCACUGGAGGAGGCCGGGCCCACCGCGCAAAUGGACUACGUGCUGGAUGCCCACGGCUACCAGCCACUUCUCAACUUGAACUUUAUGCCGUACCUCAACGUCGCAGGCAGCCUGAACUCGUAUUUCGCAGAACGGUUUCACCGGAUAGUUCUUUUGGAUGUGCCGACUGUGAUGUCGGUUCUGAUGAAAGCCAUUCUACCUGUGUUGCCCCAGAAGACGAGGGAGAAGCUCUUCUUCGUGCGACGAGACCAGCCAGACUCGCUGAGUGCCUUGCAUGAUCUUUGCGUGAACGAGGGGAUGAAGGAGAUGCUCCAACAACUUCUGCGGAUGAACGGGGAGGCGACCUCGAGCGACGGCAGAGAAGCCACGCAUUUGCUAACAAGCAAAUUCCUCGCCUCGCAGCGUGCACACGCUGCACAGAUUCCCGAGCCAGAGUGA